UAGAACAAAUCGAACUCGAAAAGUUGAAUCAACUUGGGGCAGAAAACUUGUCAACUCUUAUGAAUAAAUAAUGUUGUAGAGGGCGCUGUGGGAAGAAUGUUGUGAAAUUGGCGGUAAAAUUAGUAAAGAUGACAUGGAAGUGUGAAAGAAAAUCUAUUUUGAUGCAAAAUAUUAUUUAUUAUAAAUUAUUAAGAAAUGUCUUUUAGAUUUUUGCCAUUUCAAUUGAAGGACAUCCACCAAGAGAACAAGGUCUUGCAACCUAAUGGAAUAUCUAGUGAUAACAAAGAAAGUUGUGUCAUUUUAAGUGAUAAUUCAUUGUUAAAGAGUUCUUUACUUUUUCAAGCAGCUUUAUCAUAUGCAAGUAUUGGGGAUCAGGUCAUUUUUAUCUGUACAGGUCCAUUUCUUGCAAAACCCUGUCCUGUAUCUGAAAUGCAAACUGCAACGCCCUUAACAUUAGAAUGCAUUAAAAUGGUGUAUAUUUCUGAACCAAGUGGUUUAUUACAGUAUCUUUGUGAGCUUCAUACAAAAGAGUGCCUUCCCUGUGCAGUUAUUGUACAUGAUAUUCAUCACUAUGUGUCACAUUAUACUGAG